ACUUUCGACUUCAGUGAGUCGAUUUUUACCGGAAAUUGAUUGUCAGCGCCAUUCCAAAAAAACAAGCAAUGCCGAAAGGCCUAGGACCAGUUUGAUCAUGGCCGGUAAUUAUAAGAAUUUUCUGAAGCUGUUGGAUUCUUGGCCAGUUGAUAAGGCAAAAAUACAAGGGGAUUUAGGACUGCAUCUUAGAGAUCAAAUAAAAAUUGCUUUUUCGAAGGGUCCCAUUAAUUCUCCAGUUGAUCAGGAAAAGUGUGAUCGCUAUUACGCAAUUCUACGUAGAUUAGCAUCAAACGAGUACGGACGAUUGUACACUCGUACUUCAACAUCGUCUGCGAGCGGUCUUACUGCAGAGCAGUGCACCUUAGCACUGUCACCAGAAGUCGUCAACUACUUUGCAGAGCAAGAGCAAAAUAUCUUUAAGAGGAUAUUGAAAAAAUUCCAGAAUGGCACAACUUCUACGAAGAAUUAAUAGUGGUGCCUUUUCAGAGUAUAUCAAUUCUUUGAAAAGAUUUCAUACACAAAGUGUAAGAUAUAGUCAACAACUUAAUGAACAACCAGCGAACAGACCUCAUUUGCCAGUAAUGGCUGAAGAGGUUCUCAAGUACAUGAAACCAUCUGCAGGUGAAACUUUUGUGGAUAUGACCUUUGGUGCUGGAGGACAUACAACGAAAUUGUUGGAAUCUGCACAAGAUAUUAAAAUCUUUGCAUUAGAUAGAGAUCCAGUGGCUUACAACUAUGCAAAGGGUUUAGCUGAUAAGUAUCCAGAUCAAAUAGUACCAUUACUGGGAAGAUUUUCCGAGUUACCAGAACUUUUAAAGGAACACAGAGUAAAAGCAAAUUCUAUUGAUGGCUUCCUUUUUGAUUUUGGUUGUUCAUCUAUGCAAUUUGAUAUUGCUGAAAGAGGCUUCUCAAUCUCUAAAAAUGGUCCGUUGGAUAUGAGAAUGGAUGGAUUUCGUUGCCCAGAUCAACCGACUGCUGCCGACGUCUUAGCACGAGCUGAUGUCAUUGACCUGGAGCGUAUUCUCAAGAUAUAUGGUGAAGAGAAACAAUAUAAAAAAAUUGCGAGAGCCAUUCAUGAUGCUAGAUUUAUGUUCAAAAAGCUAGAGACCACUAGUGAACUCGCAGAGUUAGUUAAUUCCGUUUUGCUAGAGGACUACAGAACAGAUCAGUUAGGAAGAUUUUCCCAUAAAGCUACCAAAACCUUUCAGGCAUUGAGAAUUUUUGUAAAUAAUGAACUUAACGAGAUCAAUUAUGGUAUUCUUAUAGCUCAACAAUAUCUUAAAAUCAGUGGUCGUCUUAUUACUAUAUCCUUCCAUUCUUUGGAGGAUACAAUAAUAAAGAGACAUUUGACUGGUCACGUAACAGAAAAUGUAGCUAAUACACAGCCGUUAAAAUUUUCAAAUUAUGACAAAUGUUUUAAUGAAGAAGAAGUAGCUGUUGUGACAAGUUCCCCUUGGAUGAUGUUACAUAAGCAUGUUCUGACUCCCUCCUUUGAUGAAAUCGAUAAUAAUCCUCGAUCGAGAUCGGCAAAGUUUAGGGCUGCGAUUAAAGUUAAGUAAAUAUUUGUGUCAUAAAUAAAGUAGUGCUGCUUUAAUUUUC